CCAGUACCUCAAUACUCCGUACAAACAUCCUCUGUACUGCAAACCCCUACCUACAAAUUAGGUGUCGACAUACGACAUAACGAUCUAAUUUAAUCUCAUUCCGCAUCAAAUAUUGGAGUGUUCUAUCGGAGAAAGGAACAGGGAAAGAAAAGGCUGAGCCCUCACACAACUAUUUACCACUUCGUCAUUUCGAAACAGCCUUUUCUACAAAUCACGAAUACCUGACUAUCAAAUUCAUAACGCCCGUCUCCGCCUGAAGCCCAAAAUUCGAGCAUAUCAAUAAUUUCAAAGUCGCCAAGAUGAUGGCAGGAUGGUUCGCAUCCAACUCUGCUUUGGAUGAGCAGAUUGAAAAAGCUACCAACUCUUCCUUAGAGGAUAUCGCACUCAACCUCGAGAUUUCCGAUGUCAUCCGUUCCAAAACUGUACGCGCAAAUGAAGCUAUGCGAUCACUGAAAAGGCGCAUAGGCAACAAGAAUCCCAACUUUCAACUCAGUGCACUAAAUCUCACGGAUACCUGCGUCAAAAACGGCGGUUCGCACUUCCUUGUCGAGAUUGCAUCGCGAGAGUUUAUGGAUAAUUUGGUUUCACUUCUCAAGGCAUAUGGAGGAGCUGCAGUUAAUGACGACGUCAAGAACAAAAUAUUGGAGCUUAUUCAGAGCUGGGCUACAGCGACCGAGGGUCGCAGCGAAUUGUCUUACAUUGGAGAGACCUAUAGAGCUCUACAAAGAGAGGGGUUCCGAUUUCCUCCCAAGACUGAUGUCGCGAGUAGUAUGCUGGAUAGUAGUGCUCCACCAGAAUGGAUAGACUCAGAUGUUUGCAUGCGAUGUCGAACAUCAUUUAGCUUCACAAAUCGAAAGCACCAUUGUCGAAAUUGUGGCAAUGUUUUCGAUCAACAAUGCUCAAGCAAAACCUUACCCCUGCCCCAUCUUGGUAUUCUACAACCUGUUAGAGUAGAUGAUGGUUGUUACAUAAAACUUACCGAUAAAUCUUCCAAGGGUCCUACAUUUACCAAUGAAAGAUCACCCACGCAUACAUCCCACCACAAACACAAAUCACAUGCAUCCAUGCAACCUCGAGACGCCCGGGUGGAUGACGGUUUUGACGAAGAUCUCAAGCGAGCUUUGGCAAUGAGUCUGGAGGAAGUCAAUGGUCACUCGGGAGCUGGCUAUGUUCCACAAUCGAAACUUCAGCCUGUGCCAGAAUCCCGCGAACCACCAACUAAAGGAGUUAAAACAGACACAGGCAAGUCUGGAGAGGAAGAAGAUGACGAUCUAAAAGCGGCGAUUGCUGCAUCACUGGCCGACAUGGAAGAACAGAAGAAGAAGCAUACAGCUACCAUCAAGGAGCAGUCCUCCACUAUUAAUUUGAACAACUCUUCCACAGGCCACAUCAGUCUCCCAAAGAACGAUUACGAACUUACCCCUGUUGAGGCAGAAAACAUCAAUCUCUUCUCCACCCUCGUAGAUAGACUACAAACCCAACCUCCAGGGACAAUUCUUCGGGAGCCACAAAUCCAAGAGCUUUAUGAUAGCAUUGGUACUCUUCGUCCAAAAUUGGCCCGCACCUACGGAGAAACAAUGAGCAAGCAUGAUGCUCUACUUGAUUUGCACGCCAAGCUUUCCACCGUUGUACGGUAUUACGAUCGUAUGCUCGAGGAACGUUUGUCAAACACAUAUAAUCAACAUAACAUUGGAGGUUACAAUCCUCCCCAGCAGGCUGGUGGACCUAGCAUGUAUCCUUCUAUUCCUUCCAAUAUACCCAAUGGAAGUGGAGGGGCAGAAAGCUUUUAUACGGGUAAUUCUCAACGAGAACCUUACGCACCGCCCCAAUCCACAUAUUCCUACCCUACCGGUCAACAGCACCCUGCAUACAGUAAAAGGUCUUCUGUUUCCGAUAUCAAUUAUCCUACACUAGACCAGCGUAACGAGAACUAUUCCCAGCAACAAGGUCAUCAAAUUCAACGCCAACAUACUGGUAACUGGCAAACGAUUGAGAUUGCUCCUCAAUACUCGGCUCCACCGGCCCCUUUUUCACCCCAACAGCAAUACCAGCCCCCCGUCCAAGCUCAGACACCUCAAGGUGUUCCAUCUCAACCUCCUGCAAACUUUGCUCCGUCGGAGUCAAUCAAUAAUACAUCCACAGAUCCUAACGCAGCGCCUUACUACGGGACUCCGGUUUCUCAUCAAACUCAGCCAGCACAGGAUCAAUCAAAACCACAGUAUUCAGUCCAGUCACCUCCUCAGUACCCGCAUGCACCAUCGCCUCAACAACUCACCCAUCAGCCACCAAACCCACAAGAGCCAUCGUAUCCUACUCCUCAACAGCAACCCCCAUACUGGCAAUCACAGCAACAGGCUCCAGCGCCUCAACAAUCAUGGCCGGCGCCUCCUGUAUCGAGUUUCAACGGAUACUCUCAAGAGUCAUUCCCUUCUGCUCCACAAAAUGUCCCGCAGACUAAGGUAGUGGAAGAAAGUCUCAUAGAUCUUUGAGUUCAUCCAAAGAAGCGAGGCGUUUUUUGUGUGCGAGUCACGUCUAUCAAUUUCUCUGUAUCUCAGUCGGCGGAGUUCAUUUCGAGGCUGGAGUUAAAAGAUAUCAUGGAGUCGAAUGAAUUUACGGACAUCAUAUUCCUGGAGGAAAUUGUAUACUUAUAUUGAUAGUGUAAUGAAAUCUGUCUUUAAUUUG